AUAACUGAAACAACACAUUCGGUCGACUUCCUUUAGGAUUAGAUCUACUGACAUGCAUGUCACCGUAGCAAAGUCCUAAUAUUUUUAUGAAAUUAUGAUAUCUUCCACUAAUUUAUUCAUUCUAAUUUAUUAUUCCUAAUUUUCACUUAGGAAGAAAAAUUUAUUAGCUAUGGCCUAUGGAUAACUAUGAUAUUGGUAACCGGUAAGACUGAAAUAACACAUAUGGGCCUAGAUAAUCCUUUAUAUGCUUGGGCCUUUAACCCAUGAACAUAAUAGAAUCGGAAGCCCACGGUAUCAAAGGAAACCUUUGCCCAAAACCAAAUUCUGCAUCGUUCGUCUCAUCUUUCUUUCCCAACUUUCCUUUCGGACCUCUCUCCGCCCCAAAAAAACCCAUCGACUGCAAGAUUGCUUUUGUGGAGGCACAGACGAAUCCAUGGCAACCAGCGACAUUACAGCGACCGAAGUAAGCGCCGCGGCGGCCGCCGCCACGGACGCACCGGUAGAGAAACCGCAGCCUCACCAGCUCGAGAGAAAGUGGACGUUCUGGUUCGAUAACCAAUCCAAGCCCAAACAGGGCGCCGCUUGGGGCAGCUCUCUCCGCCAAGCCUAUACCUUUGAUACCGUCGAAGAAUUCUGGUGUUUGUAUGAUCAGAUAUUUAGGCCUAGCAAGGUCACUGUCAACGCUGAUUUCCACUUGUUUAGAGCUGGGGUUGAACCCAAGUGGGAAGACCCAGAGUGUGCUAAUGGAGGCAAAUGGAGUGUUGCUUGUGGCAGAAAGCCUCUCUUGGAUACGAUGUGGCUAGAAACUCUCAUGGCUUUGAUCGGAGAACAAUUUGAUGAAUCCGAAGAGAUUUGUGGGGUGGUUGCAAGCGUCCGCCAAAGGCAAGAUAAACUUGCUCUAUGGACUAAGACAGCAGCAAAUGAAUCUGUCCAGAUGGGUAUUGGAAGAAAGUGGAAGGACAUCAUUGAUACUACCGACAAAAUCACCUACAGUUUUCAUGACGAUUCACGCAAGGAAAGAUCCGUCAAGGGCCGAUACAGCGUGUGAGCUUGGGACGGUUCCUUGGAUCUGCACUGCAUUCUAGUUUGGUGUCUUUGCAUUAUUCUGCUGAACCAAUCUACAUGUAAUUUUAGACUUCAGAUGUUGUAUUGAAGGUCUAGCUAGCUAGUCCAUAGUCUUUUAGCAGUCUGUAUCAUUUUGUGAGGCAGAGUGGCUAUUGUGCCUGAUAGACAUGUCCUAAGAACAUAUGUUUCUUCAGACUCCGAAUUUUGCACUGUAAUACUUCCUCACUCCAUUCAGAGAUUGUUGGCUUAGUUUGUGCAAAAACCAGAUGAUUGCUUUAAAUUCCUAGCAGAGUUUCCAGUUUAUCUUUCCUGUUUGGCUUUUAAGUCAUAGCUAAUCUAUUCUUCAUAGGAAAAAACUCAGCUCCUCACU